UCGUUGAAUCUGUUUAUAAUUAUAGUGAUGUUAUGAUACAUAAAUCAAAUAACGCUGCUCAUCGCUCGGCAAGCAAGGAAAAGAAGAAAAGGGAAAGAGACCGACAACUUGAAUCAAGCCUACCCAAUGAGAAGCCGCAGAGGAACAGGCUUCCCCUCAGCUUGCCCUAAGCCCGUUGCUGUUUCUCAAUGCUCUAACAUCACGCCACUAAUCGUUGAUGUAACACUUCCCCUUCUCCUGAGUACGAUUGUAAGCGUGUCACUGCACAGAGGUUGGCAGUCCGACAAACUCACUCAAUAUCACAAAAAACCCACUAGAUUAGAAUGCGAGGGGUUGGUUCAGAAUGUUCAAGCUUUUGAUUCACUCACUUUUUCCACUUUUGAACCCAUUCACCACGUUCUAAAUGAACGACCGAUUGAUGGGACCCUUGUCAAGUGCCAACAUCGGCGGCUUUACACCUUUACGCGAAAGCUUGAGGGUGCUGGGGUGUCUGACUUUUCUGCUUAA